UAGUCAAGAUGGCGACGUCCAUACCGAGACGGUUAUUUUUCGCCGUUUUAUACCCUUUAUUACUUUUGUUUAUUUGUUUAAAUGACGCUCACUUUCCAGCCAUAUCAAUAAAAAAGGUGAAAACUUCCCUCAGCGCUGAUGGUAAGUGCGUGAAGAAGUUCCGUCCAAUGACCCAACCCGGUACCAUCAACUCCAUCAGGUUUGCCUUCAAGACGAGUAGGCCGGGUCAGGACAUGAUGAUGGUGCUGCUACAGAAUCAAGGCAUCAGCAACGGUGACACGGAGAAGGAGUUCCUAGCGGUAGAAUUGCGUGAUGGUAGAGUGCGCUUCACAUGGAAUGUGGGUGGUGGUAUUGGCGUGGUUACAGAUAACAAGAAGGUUGUCUCUGAGGUAUCCACUAUCAAAGAAUCAGAGAAAUGGUACAGAGUAAAGGCUGAAAGGAUUGGCGGCCUGGGUCGUCUCACAGUUCACCGCCUGUCUGACACAGCUGGGGCCCCCAUCACCAACACCUCCACCGUAGGCUUUUCUUUGAUGGGCCUCGACGACACCACAGACAUCUUCGUAUCCGGGGUGCCCCAGGAUGUGAUUGUAUACCCCAGUCUCACUAGCAGAAACUUCUCCGGCUGUAUGGGCGACAUGCAUAUAGACGAGACUCUUGUCGGACUCUUUAACUUUGAGAGGAACACCAUGGACUCCUGUAGUGCUUGUCUUGAAGUCCCCUCCCAGCCUCCUGCUGCCAAUGUGUACUCAUUUGAUGGAACAGGAUACGCAGUGACAGACAAGAACAGAUUUCUCUCCCCUCUCAUUGCCAAUAUUAUUCUAGACUUUAAGACUUACUGGGAUAAUGCUUCCCUCUUCUUUGUGGGCAAUCCUCAAACAUCUGAAUUCAUGGCAAUAGAGCUGGAGAAUGGCUUUGUGGUAUUCAAGUACUACCUGGGCCAGGGGUCCUAUGGGCGUAUCCAGUCUGAGAUGAAGUACAACCGCAACCAAUGGGUGUCAGUGGCCGCUGCACACAGUGGUCUCCUUGCUGUGCUGGAGGUCUCCAAAGUUGAGAGUCUGAUCACCCAGGGUAACCCAGGCGACCAUUUACUGAAUGUCUCCAUGAAUGACCUCUUCUUUGGAGGAAUUCCACCUUCCGUUAAUUUGGAUAUUUACAGAAAAGGAUCUGGACACCAUGUGAGUGGGGACAGUUUUCUGGGCUGCAUGCGAAGUCUACAAUUGUCAAGUAACGCUGUCAACCUGUGGGAUGGCAAAUCUACAAUAGGAGUCUUGGAGGGAUGCAAAGAGAGUGGUCUGCGGUCCAUUGGUUUCUAUGGUAGCGGAUUUGCAGAGUACCAGGGAGUGAGCAUGAUCUCCUCUGAGUCUGAUCUCUCCAUCUCCUUCUCUACCACCGAGCCUGAUGGGCUGCUGCUACUGGCCAAGAAUGUCAAUGGAGAUAGUUAUUACUCACUGGUCUUGAAGGAUGGGUUAGUGUAUGGGAAAUUCAGUGGAGGUAGAAACCCUAUCUCAAUAAACUCCAAGGAGCGAUACAAUGACGGGAAGGUUCAUACUGUGGCAGUCAGGAAAUUGGAUAGAAAGAUAGAAAUUUAUGUGGAUGACAAGGUGGUUGCCACAGGCAAUUUGGACAGACAAUUGCGGGACAUAGCAGUGAGGGAAGAUGGCGGGCUGUACCUAGGCGGUGUCCCAGAGGGCCUGAACGUGGACGAUCAAGCUGAGACCAGCAAGUCCCUUGAUGGAUGCCUAAGCGAUGUGGUCAUUAAUAGAGGCAUUCUGAACAUCAACCAGCCAAAGAAAUAUGACCGGGCGGACAUUGGCCGUUGUAAGCUCAUGGAAAUGCAGCACGACAGAAUGUUGGUAGAUCCUGAACCACCAUUAGCAAGUGAUGCACCAAGCAAUAUCAGAAUGUUGGAGGUGGAGCCCAUGUCCCGCAAGGUGAAGCCCACCAAAAACUCCCUGCAGGACAAAAUGGGAACCCCAACAUCAGGGCCUACACCUUGUGCCACAGUUGCCAGAAGUGUUGACUUCCAGGUCGAUGCCCUCACAUUCGGAGAGGCAGACAUGAGCUUUCAUCAGAUCAACACCAGCAAGAAAGAAAUACUCAGAAAAUUUGAAAUUAGUUUGGACUUCAGAACUUUCUACCAGAAUGGUCUUCUCAUCUAUCUUUCUAACUUGGACCACACAGAGUUUGUAGCAGCACAAAUAAAAGACCAUGUUCUUGUUCUAGUAUUAACUCGAAAUGACGAUAUUAAGGUAGUAACCGUGAAUACAAGCACAAGUUUGGCAGAUGGUCAGUGGCACAACGUGAAGGUUGAUAAGAACCUGCAGAGGAUAUCAGUGGUUGUCGAUGGCAAUGAGGAGAAUAUGGGCUCAAGAAAGAUUGCCAAGGUGUUGAAGGUGGAACCACCAUUGUUUAUCGGUGGAGUGCCAAGUAGCUUCAAACCUCUUCUCAAUGAAAAUGUGGUGGCGCACAGUGUUCGAGGCUGUAUUCGUGGUCUUAAGAUAGAUGGGGACAGCAGGCCGUCCAGUGAGGCAACUCUCGCCAGUGGUGUUGAGAAGUGUUAUGCCAAGGUGGAGAAGGGAGCCUACUUCAACGGGGAAGCCUGGGGCUUGUAUGAUGACAAAUUCAGUGUAGGACAAAAAUUCAAAAUGGAGCUCGACUUUAGAACCAAUAAAGCAGAUGGUAUCCUUGUAAAUAUUACCAGUCAGAAUCUCAAGAAUUCCAUUGGACUUGAGAUCAGCAAGGGAAAGGUGAUAUUUACCGCUGUUAUUGCUGGGCAACAGUUCAGUUUAAAAUCCCAAAAUGGAUUCUGUGACAAUGUGUGGCACAAGGUCAAGGUAGGGAUGGAGAAGAGAACUAUCGCCAUGCAGGUGGAUGAUGGGGAGAUAUACCAGGACACUCUCGCAGGGGACAUCACUCUCAGCAAUCUGAGGGCCCCACUUUACCUAGGAGCAACGCCAGACGUUUUUGCAAAAGUAGCGUCCUCCAGACAUCGUGGUUACCAAGGAUGCAUGCGAGAUGUGAUAAUCAACAACAAACAGGUCAACUGGUUUGACCUUCAGAGGUCGUUCAGUCUACAGAAAACUGCCUGUCCAGUAGCAUAACAUCAGAUGCUGUGAUAAAUCUUCACAGUCUAUGGUUCUAAUAACUUUAAAUUGUAAGGUGUUUUAACAACAUAAACAGUAGGCAGCAGGUUCCUUUAUUGUUCUUAAAUGAUUUAAUUGUAACAUUUAAUGUGUCGUUUUUAGCAAAUGUUAACUUCAUUUUUACCAAAAGCUAUUUUUUUAUUAGGCAGUUUUAAAUUUUCAACUGUUUCCUAUUGUUCUAUUACUGUUGUUUGCAUCUUUGCAUAGUGUUUAUACACACAUUUGAGUCUAUGAAUGAAACAUUAUGUGAUAAUAAAUACUGAUAACCAGUUUUCUAUCAACAUACAGAUUUUUGGUGUUUAAUAAUAUAAUGGCUGUUAAAAUCAAAUGAUUUAAUGUGCGAAACACAAACACACAAAAUAUGUAUUUAGCACAGCAUUUGUUGUUGUUUUUAAGGUAUUUUAUGAAGUUUUGUCCACCUUAUACGUUUGGACUUGGACUGUCUAAAUUUCAUAUCAAUAUUGUGAUUUACAGAAACAAGUAUGUAUAAUUA